GUUUCCCACAAUGCUUUGCAGCGUACUGUCGGUGCUGUUUGUCCAGCCGUCGCUUCAACAAUGCAGCUUUUAAUGGUGCUGUGAGCGGUGCGAAGUGAAAACGCAGCACCACCGCAGCUUUGUCCGGUGGCUGUGGUCGUUCAAAUUAAACACAACGAGAUUUUUACGGUUUGUCAAACCCGCCAGGCCGCUGUGACUCAGUUUUAAGGAUACCCUGGACUCCUCUGCUAGGGUUCCUGUUUUAAGAAGGAAGACUCCAGACAUCAUACCUUUAGAUGAAUUCCUGAUGGGGGCCAGAAAAUGAGCACAACCCAGAUGGAAGAAACUGGCCUACUCAGCUAUCUCACUGACCUGUGAGCAGCAAUGCUGUCCCUGUUUCACACAGUGAGGGUAUUCCCUCUGCAGAUGCUGGAUUGUUUUCUGUCAUAGGUUUGGAACAUUUGCUGAAUCUCAUAGUAGAAAUGGCAUUAGUUAGUGUGGGUUAUGACACAAUAGAGUACAUAUUAGAAUACAGGUGAGGCUGAGCCAAUAUCCACAGGACUUUGCAGAGGAGGUUAACCGCCUCAGAUGACCUUUACAGAAGGACAGAGCUACAGCCCAGCUUUGAUGAUUUAGUAUCAUCCCACUGCCUUGCUGACAAGGUCGUACCAUGGCUGCUGCUGAUCCCCUGAGCAACGGUUCCUUGGUGGGGCGAGGAGCAGACUGAGAGAGUCAACAAUGCAGCGUAACGGAGGUGGGGUGGGUGCCGGUGGACAGCCAUGGGUGUUGCGGCGUGUGCGUCUCACGUGGCUCAGUUUUAUGCUCUUCUUCAUUUUGGUCUUCUUCCCACUCAUUGCCCACUACUACCUCACUACCAUAGACGAAGCUGGGGGUCCCGACAAGCGCAUCUUUGGGCCGAGGCCUGGUGGUGAACUCUGUGAGGCCAAACAUGUGCAGGAUCUGUGCCGAAUCCGGGAGUCAGUCAGCGAGGAGCUGCUGCAGCUAGAGGCUAAGAGGCAGGAGCUCAACGGUGAGAUCGCCCGACUCAAUCUGCGCAUUGAGGCCUGCAAGCGCAGCAUUGACAGCGCAAAGCAGGAUCUGCUGCAGCUGAAGAAUGUCAUCAGCCAGACAGAGCAUUCCUAUAAGGAGCUAAUGGCCCAGAACCAGCCCAAGCUAUCGUUGCCGGUCAGACUGCUGCCAGACAAGGAGGACCCAGGACUGCCACCACCCAAGUCUGCGCGGUCCUGCCGUCUACGCUCCUGCUUUGACUAUGCGCGCUGCCCUCUUACGUCUGGGUUUCCUGUGUAUGUCUAUGACACAGGCUCCUAUCCUUGGGCGGACUAUAUUGACCCGCUGGUGAAGCAGGCUUUUGCAGCUUCUGUUAAGAGCAACAUUUAUGUAACUGAUAACCCGAGCAUUGCCUGCCUGUAUUUGGUGCUGGUUGGAGAGCUGCAGGAGUCCACUUCCUCCACACUGCCAUCUCCUUCAGAGCUAGAGAAGCAGUUAAAAGGUCUUCCAUACUGGAGAUCUGAUGGACACAAUCAUGUACUGGUGCAUCUCUCGAGAAAGUCAAUGACACAGAACUUCCUGUAUAAUGUGAGUACAGGGCGGGCCGCAGUCGCCCAGUCCACUUUCCUGGAGCAACAGUACCGUGAGGGUUUUGACUUGGUUGUUUCCCCUCUGGUUCAUGCCCUCUCAGAGCCAAACUUUUUGGAGGUGCCUCCUCAAGUUCCUGUCAAGAGGAAAUACCUCUUCACCUUCCAGGGGGAGAGGGUGGAGUCACUGAGGAGCAGCUUACAGGAGGCACCCCCUCAGUCUUUUGAGGAAGAAAUGGAAGGAGACCCACCAGCCGACUAUGAUGAUCGCAUUAUUGGUACCUUAAAGGCAGUGCAAGACAGCCACUUGGAUCAGGUGCUGGUAGAGUUCACCUGCAAGAACCCACAGCCCAGUCUCUCAACUGAGUGGGCUCUUUGUGGAGAGAGAGAGGACAGGCUGGAGGUGCUCAAGGCUUCAACUUUUUCCUUAGUAAUAGCUCCAGGGGAUGGACAGCUGGUGGCCUCAGCAGGUUGUGGAAUGAGGCUCUUUGAGGCCCUCGAGGUAGGGACCAUUCCAGUUGUAUUGGGCGACCACUCCAGGCUACCAUAUCACCAGUUUAUUCGAUGGAGUGAAGCUGCCAUUAUAGUGCCCAAGCCUCGUGUCACAGAGCUACACUUCCUGCUGCGCAGCCUGUCAGACAAUGACAUGUUGGCUAUGAGGCGGCAAGGCCGCUUUCUGUGGGAGACCUACUUCUCCACCUCAGAGAACGUUCUUAACACCCUUUUGGCCAGUAUCAGAACCAGCAUCCAGGUUCCUGCUGCACCCAUCAAAGAAGAGCCAGCCCAUGAGAUUCCUCACAAAGCAGGGAAGCUGGCAGGAACUGAUGCCAAUCUGGCUGACAACGGUGACCUGGAUUUGGGUCCUGUUGAGACAGAGCCCCCAUAUGCCUCUCCACGUUUUCUCCGCAACUUCACGUACACAGCUUCAGACACAUACGGAGCGUGGAAUCGGGCUCCUGGGCCUUUUCAUUUGUUUCCUCACACUCCUCUGGACCCUGUGCUGCCAUCUGAAGCCAAAUUCCUUGGUUCGGGUACUGGUUUCAGGCCUAUCGGUGGAGGUACAGGAGGUUCAGGGAAGGAGUUUCAGGCAGCCCUAGGAGGGAAUGUACCUCGAGAACAAUUCACUGUGGUCAUGCUGACAUAUGAGAGGGAGGAGGUGCUGAUGAACUCACUGGAGAGGUUGAAUGGGCUGCCAUACCUCAACAAGGUGGUGGUGGUUUGGAACUCACCCAAGCCUCCUUCAGAUGACCUCCUAUGGCCAGACAUCGGCUUGCCAAUUGUGGUUGUCCGCACAGAAAAGAACAGCCUGAACAACCGCUUCCUUCCCUGGGACGCCGUGGAAACCGAGGCCAUCCUGUCGAUUGAUGAUGAUGCUCAUCUUCGCCAUGAUGAGAUCAUGUUUGGGUUCAGAGUGUGGCGUGAGGCCAGAGAUCGCAUCGUUGGUUUCCCUGGGAGGUAUCACGCUUGGGACGUCAAUCAUCAGUCCUGGCUCUACAACUCCAACUACUCCUGUGAGCUCUCCAUGGUCCUGACAGGAGCAGCUUUCUUCCACAAGUACUACGCCUAUCUAUACUCCUACGUGAUGCCCCAGGCCAUCAGGGACAUGGUGGAUGAAUACAUAAACUGCGAGGACAUCGCCAUGAACUUCCUGGUCUCUCACAUCACCCGCAAACCACCCAUCAAGGUAACAUCUCGCUGGACUUUCCGCUGUCCAGGCUGCCCUCAGGCCCUUUCACAUGAUGACUCGCAUUUCCACGAGCGCCACAAGUGCAUCAACUUUUUCGUCAAGGUGUACGGCUACAUGCCGCUGCUCUAUACGCAGUUUCGCGUGGACUCCGUGCUGUUUAAGACUCGUUUACCCCAUGACAAGACCAAGUGCUUCAAGUUCAUCUAGCAUCGGGCUGGAGUGACCAAGCAAAGAGCCAAGAGCAGAAAGGAUUGAAGGACUGAGAGUAUUCAAAAGAACAGCACUGCAAGCAGUGAUGCAGAAGGAUGGAUGGAUGGCGUGCCGGAUAAAAGCACAGAAGGAAAGUGUGCGGUUGUGAUUUUGCCCGGGGGGGAUGGACAAGUUCACCUUAAAAACUGUUGGCUUGUGGUCUAAUCCACAACCCUACUGAAAAUUUGAAGAGUGGGAGCUGAAAGGAACCACUGCCAACAAAAUAAGCCUUUUCAGUGGAUGUCACUCCUUCUUUUUCAUGUUCUUCAAUCACGCUCAAUCAUCGACCACUACAGAUGUCAUUUGCACCUCUUAACGCCCUGCUGAGGAAAGAGGGCGGUUGUACACAGUGUACAGAAACUCUCCCACAAUAAACCCUUCCUGACAAUGGAGCUAUCAGUUACCGAAUCGCUGACAGACUGAUGUCAGGCCGCUUUCAGCCCAGCAGCCUGUUGACAGUUUCAUCUGGGAGAUCAAAACGUGGCAACGGCACAUGGCUGCCAGUGCACUUUUUUCCCCCCUAUUUUACAGACUGUACUUCUUGUACAUGUACGUGAGAGAAGCACUGAUGGUCAGAAGUAUUUUAUUGAACAGUCUUUCUUUUUUUUAAAAAAAAAAUAAUGUCCUUUAAAAGUGUAAAUCUUUAUGUUUAACAAACAUUUUCCAGAGCCUCUGCCUGUGGGAGAUCAGACAUAGACUUCUCAGUCUGAGAACGAGACACGACCUCCACUGAAGAGUUAAAAUAGGUUGGCCUAAUCAUGUUUAGUAGUGUUAGACGCUUUCCAGAAGGAAUUCACUUCAGCGGUCACCAUAAUGCCUCGAACUUGUCAUGAAAACCAGCCAGCCACCAUUUUGUCAUUUUGUUCUGCUUACAGGAUCUGCACUCUGUGAUGAGUGUUUAAAAUGGCCUGUUUUUUAUGAUAUAGAGUGUUUAUUCAUGUUUGUAAAAUUGGUCCAAGGUUGAAAUAGUCAUGUUUAAAUGUAAAAAUAUUAACCAGUCAACAGUUACAGUGUCCCUUACUGAAGUGCAACAAAGUCAAGAAUCGCAGCUGCCAAAAUCAGUAAUAUGUUUGGAUGUCCAAUUAGGAUGGUAAUUUGGAGGAAAGUCUUCAGUGUCGUUAAAUGUACUGCUAGGAUUAAGGUAAAAAGUUUAGGUUUAAAAUGAAUGAUUUGACAUUUUGGAGGAAAGAAAACUUUUAGCUUUCUGGUGGAGAGAUUGAUGAGGAGAUGGAUGCCUCUCUUGAAUGUGUCCAUUAAAUAUGAAGCCAUGGCCAGCAGUUCUCAGUCCUCCUACGUUAACUGGCCGUAGGCUGUAACUUUCAUCCUUAUAUUUAAUGAACAGGCACAAUCAGAUCAGAUCUUCUCAUCAAACUCUCCAGCAGAGAGCGGGUAAGCGUAUUCCCCCAAAUUGUUCUCUUUAAUUAAUUGUCAGAUCUGGCUUUGCAACAUAAGUAUUAGGUAUGUCUUGCCAUGUUCAUGUUACCCUCCUGCAGAGAAAGAUCCAGGCAGAAACGUUACUUCACAGUGCCGCCAUAUUGGUUUCACUUUGCUUUCUUUUUGUUUGUUUAAAUACCAUUGCUUGUUGAAUGUUUUCUUUGCCAAAUAGGUACGAUGUCUGCUGCUUUACAGUACGAUUUUCAGGGUGCACAGUGUGAAUGAUUGCUGAAGGGAUGCAGUCUGGUACACCCAUAUCCACUCUGCAUGGUACUUUACCAGGAUUGAAUCCAUUGGAUAGCCCUCCCUGUCAUGUAUUGUAAAUCCAAAGUCCUUUUUUUGACCUAAUCAGAUUUAGUUACUGUCAUCUGAACAAAAGAUUAAUCUAGAAGGAUCCCUUUAAAAACAAAAAGGAUUGAGAAAAGUUUAGGACUUUUGUCCCCGAAGUAGGUUCUAACUGUAAGGAUGCUUUUAUGAAACAAAAACUCUCAUAAGUUCAUAGUUCCUGUAUAUUUAUUAAAUAUAUUAUUAAAAAAAAGAAUUUUUUAAAAGCUAUUCAUGACACAUGACGAGAUACUGUACUUUGUUAUUAUGAUUCCUGAUUAAGAGAUCCCGACCUGAUUGAGCCGGCUGCUUACUUCAUUGCCGUGCUAAACUAAACCUGUGCCACUGAAUGCUUGAAGGGGAGCGUAACUGACCUGAGAUCAGCACUCAGUAAGGCAAAUGUGCUUUACAGACAGCAAGACGAUGUGGUUCUUCAAAGGGAGCCCUGUAAUGUGAUGAGCUGAGCUUCUGCUGCAGCCAUUGGACUUGCAUUUGAGUCCCUACCUGCUCCAGGUGGCUGCUGCUCUCUGGUCCCACCAGUGCAAUAGAAAAAUUAACUAUAUUCUCUAUUAACUGUAAAUUAACAAUACAACUAAAACAGAUUCAGAUCUCCUCCUCUGCCGCCACCCCCCACCCCUCCUGAUCGCAUCUGAAAACUUUUAUUGGAGCUUCAGGGGCCAUAUAAAUUACCUGGCUGAUUCUCAACCUCUCCUCAGGUCAUGCACAGGGUUAGCUGGUAUUUUGAACCCUCACAUUCCUCCAAUAACUGGUUCCCACCCUCCCCUCUAGGAUCUGUGGCACAGCUGGUUUUCCGUGGCUCAGAGCAGAAUAAAUUCCCCUGGCAGGCUCCAGUCCCUCCGCUAGGUGUAAAGAUUUGUGAAACUAUGUGCUCCUGGGUCUGAUCCACAACCGUGGGCGAGGCUUCCAGCCACCUGCAGCGCUGCUUGAGCUGUACCAGACUGAUGACAGCAUCAAACAAACCAUUGAAGGCCAGAUAAAUGGAAAUAAAAAUUGGCAACAUUGUUAAAACAUUA